UUUUAAGUAAAUUAAAAAAUACGAUUAAUACGCAUCCUGUGAAUUAAUCAUGUCUUUACGAAUAGGUUUUAAAGCAAUCACGACAUAUCUGACAAAACUGAGCGCGAGUAUCUCUCCAGUGACAAAAACAAAGAGACGACAAACCUUGAAUGCACAAACAGCUGAGGCUACUCGAAUUGUACUCGACAUCUUGCAAGAUAUAUGUAGGAAAUUAGACAAAGUCAAGAGUCAUACCGUUCCCUCCUAUGUAUCAGUAAAAAGUCAAGUAACUAUGCUUUUGGAAAGCCUUCCUAUACGAGGCCAAAUUUCUCAACAAGAAAUCAAUGAUGUUGAACGAGAAUCACAGCGGUUGUAUUAUCUGAUAGAAGUUUGUACAAUAGAAUCAGAAGUUGGCCUUGAUCAGUACGGCUCACCAGCGGACAAGGAACAACAUUCUAUACUAAAAAAACUACUCCAAAUUGAAAGAUUUUCUGAAUCGAGAGAAGAAGAAGUUAACACUGAUUUAAAUCAAUUGAGAACCAUGAAAAACGUGAUAAAAAACGAACGUAAAAUGAUCGUGAAAGCUUUGAAUUUCCGGCAAGGACACUGGUAUAAGUGCCCUAAGGGACACAUCUAUUCAAUUGGAGAAUGCGGUCGUGCAAUGCAAGAAAGCCAUUGUAACGAGUGCAGAGCAGCAAUUGGUGGUGUUUCGCAUCAAUUGCGAAGUGAUAAUACAGUGGCGACAGAAAUGGAUUGAUUCUCAUGUCCUGUUCGUCCAUAAUGUACGUUAACAAAAUGAGUAUCUUAUCCUUGGAUCGUGGUCUCCGCAAAUUGUGUUUUUGAACACAUGGCUUAAGAGGACACCUACCGCACGGUUAUCAUUACAUAUUUUUAUAUAAA